GACGUGACUUCUAAAAGAUUUGUGAUCUGAUAUCCUCAAGUUUCACUCAGCUCUUUCAUAUUUAAAGAGGUUCACUUUACGUGUUCUACAGUGAAGCAGACUGCAAGCAGUGUGUGGAGCAGUCGACCUCGUACUUCGCAACAAGCUCAGAGAACAUGUCUCGCUGGAUUGAAAUUGUUGCAUUUUUUCUUUUAUCAGUUGUAGCAAUCAACUGCCAGGUGUCUGGUCCCACGGGUCCUAUAGGUCCUCCAGGUCCCCCGAGGCCAGAGUGUCGACCUGUGUUGAUCAAAGGUGGCCCUCCUUACAAAUUUCCUCGGACGCCAAACUUCCCGUACCGCUGUUGUGGAAGCGUUCCUUACAAUUAUUAUACAAGUGUCUGUUGCCUCAACCGAGUUUAUCCAAAGAAACCCGGUUAUGCAUGCUGUGGAUCGAGUAUAUACAACUCCAGGGUAAAAAUCUGCUGCAGUAACAGGCUACUCCCCAGGCAGCGAGGAAAAUUUUGCUGUGGGAUGGGACUAUAUGAUCCAAAGAAACAAGUAUGCUGCAACCGUCAACCAGUAACAAAGCCAUCAUCAUCCCCUUUUAACCGGUGCUGUGGAAGUGCCCUCUACGACCCAUCCAAAUACUUGUGCUGCAGUAACACAGUACAACUCCGGAAGCCAGGACAGGUUUGCUGUGGAACAAGACUGUAUGAUCGAAGUAAGGAACUCUGUUGCAACCGUCAACCAGUAAGAAAGACAUCCCCUUCUCAUACGGCGUGCUGUGGAAGCAGUCCAUAUGUUCCUCGCCAACAAUCGUGCUGCUUCGGCGAGCCAUACAAUCGUGCAAAUCAACUCUGUUGCAAUCGUCAAGUAAUGACAAAACCAUCGCUUUCUCAUACAGGAUGUUGUGGAGGCAUCCCUUAUGACCCUCGCAAACAACGCUGCUGCGGCACAAAACUGUAUGAUCCACAGAGUUCCCUAUGCUGCGGUAGACAGUUGCACAACAAGCUUUCAAACUCACAUGCUUGCUGUGGCAGGGCAACAUAUGACACCAGAAAGCAGAAGUGUUGUUAUGGUAAAGUAAUCAGCACAUCGGAUCCCUUUCCUUCCAUUCCUUCCAGAAUUGGAUGCUGUGGAUCGUUUUUCGAUCCAAAAGCAUUUAACACAGCCACACAUCUCUGUUGCAACCGACGAGUGAUACCAAAACCAACUCCAACAUCAACUGCGUAUGCGUGCUGUGGAACUGUCCCAUAUGAUCGCAGACAGAGGGUAUGCUGUGGCUCAGUUCUUUAUUCCAAGCCAUGUUCGAAUGUGGCAAUGAGCUGUUGUGGUCUAACUCCAUAUUACCCAUCAAAUCAGUUGUGCUGUGCUCGACAGAUCACCUACAGACCACCGGACAUCAGAUCCCCGCGCUGCUGUGGCCAGAUGUCGUAUGACCCAUCUAAACAGGGUUGCUGUGGUUUCUCUCGUGUUUUUACUUUCGCAACACACCAAUGCUGUCCUGACCGCACAGUGCAACCCAAGGGAUGCUGUUACAAUCGCAACGUGCAUGGUGCCAGGCCCCCUCCGGGCUGCCGGCUUGUGGUUCAACCACCUGCAUAACUGUUGUGAUUAAUGAGAAGUGUUCACACCGACACUUUUAUCAAAAGUUUUAUAGAGUAAAGUGUGAUUUUUUUUUGUUUGGUCUAGAAGUGAGUUGCUGUGACGGCAUUUGAUAGAAAAUCCUUAACCAAAGAAAAGUAUCUAAUCAGUUAUAUCAGGUGCGAUGAUACUUGCGGAGUAAUUGUGCGUCGGCA